GUAUGACCGGGCCUCCAGGGCAAGGCCACUUUGUCGCUAUGGCCCAGUGGUUGCGCCUUCGCGACUUCGCGUGUCGGUACGGAAACUGGAAGCUGCGCAACAGGGCUGUGGGGUUAGCGGCGUAUGGGCGUGAUAGGGCAGCCGGGCUUUGACAACAGGCUCGACCCAGCGCAGCCGAGUGUGGCACGACCUGCAUGGGCAGGCAUGGGGGGAGGCGGAGGCCUUACCCAACAACCCGCCAACCUCCGAGUUAGAUAUCGACGUAAACAUGAAGAAGUCGGCUCUUAGUGCUGCUCUCGCGGGCGGGCCCUCUGCCCCAGCGCCCUCUGUGCAACCAUCCACAAAGACCUCUGCGACCUUCCUCGACCCCUCUGUCUUCCCGUGCAUAGAGUACGCGGACAUUAUCGAUGGGACAAAGACUGUCGACGAGCUUAGCGCGGCGACGGACCAGUUUGCAGGUAUCGAUUUUGCCUCAGUGGCCAUCGUGGGCUCCGCGCCAACGAACGUGCUGCUCAAUGGAGUGGCUCUGGCGGACUAUCCACUCAACCCGCGACGUAGGCGAGCGGGAGAGGAGACGACGCAGGACGUUGCGGCCUCGGUGGGGACCUCAGGCCCCUCGCAGCAGCCCUCGGUGGGCAGCCUGACCUCCAACUACAAGGCGGUCAUCGGCUCGCUGCCUAAAGGGCUGACCAUGGAGGACAAGAUGAAGCUGGUGCAAGCGCUGCCCAUGUCUCCGUCGCGGGCUCUGCUGCAAGAGAUGGGCGUGGACGUGGUGUCCAACCCCACACGCGAGGGUCGCAGCCUGCGGCGCCAGGUGCUAAAGGGCGCGGUGAUGGUGUUCGUGACGGCGGGCUACAGCGGCAAGCGCUUCAUCUUUGAGAAGGCCAAGGAGCUGGGCGUGCGCAGUGUGGUGCUGGACGGGCCGGACAGCUGGGUUCAGCUGCUGGUGAAGGAGGGCGUCAUCGAGAAGUUUGUGCCCAUUGACUUCAGUGACGUAGACACCGUGUUUGACCGCUGCCUCAAGUCCAUCCGCGACGUGCGCUCGUCCAUCGGCGAGCUGGACGGCAUCACCACCUUCUGCGAAAUGGCGGUGCCUCUUGCCAGCCGCCUUGCUGAGGCGCUGGGGCUGCCCAGCAACACGCCGCAGGCAGUGGACAACGCGCGGGACAAGCACGCCACUCGUGAGAUCAUGGCGAAGGCGGGUCUGCCCACGCCCCGGCACUGGAAGGUGACGAGCGAGGCUGACGUGCCCAAGGCGGCGGCGCACGUGGGCUUCCCGGCCGUCAUCAAGCCCAUCAGCGGCGCCGCCAGCCUGGGCGUCAUCCGCGCCAACAACGAGGAGGACCUCAUGAAGGCCUUCAAGAAGGUGCAGCACGACAUGUCCCGCGCCAAGAUCGUGGCGGGUGCGCUGGUGGAGGGCGAUGCCGAGGGCGAGGACGUGGCGGGCAAUGCGGGCGGCUGGAUCCACCUGGAGCUCAUGGUGGAGGAGUACCUGGACGGCGCGGAGGUGGACUGCGACCUCAUCUUCGACAACGGCCGCCCCGUGUACGGCGCCAUCACCGACAACUGGCCGACGGUUGAGCCGUACUUCAACGAAACCGGAUCCAACUGCCCCUCCGUGCUGCCCAAGGCGGCGCAGAUCGACCUCAUGGAGCUGUCCGUACGCGCCGUACAGUCGCUGGGCUUCAAGCUGGGCGUGUUCCACGUGGAGUGCAAGUUCACCAGCCGGGGGGCGCGCCUGAUCGAGGUCAACUGCCGCAUGGGCGGCGGCCCCGUGCGCGACACGAACCUGCUGGUGUGGGGCGUGGACCUGGUGGAGGAGCACCUCAUGGCCUUUGCGGGCAUCCCGGUGCGGCCCCCCGUGGCUCGGCGGCCGCUCAAGCAGAUGGCCGAGUACACCAUCAACGCGCAGAAGAGCGGGCACAUCAAGAACCUGGACUUCCUGGAACAGUACCGCAGGGUGGAGGGUGUGUUGUACGCGCGGCCGCUGGUGCAGCCGGGCGCCAAGUGCCACUGCGUGGCGGACGGGCUGCCCACGUGGCUGUGCGAGCUCAUGGUGGUGCGGCCUGACGUGCGCGAGGCCAUCGCCGAGAUCAAACGCAUCGAGACCGAGAUCAACCACGAGCUGGAGACGCUGAUCCAGUAACAAGAACUACUGUCGUUAUUGUUGUUGUAAUGCUUGACAGCGGCACUAAGGGUUUGGGGAUUUGGGUGCUUGAGAAUAACAAGGCGGCUGUGUGGUUGUGCCGGUACUGGGCGCCUUUGGCGUUGUGUGGCGGGCACAACAGCCGCACGGCAUGUGUCGCUAGCUAGGGAGCUUGGGGGUUGCGGCAUGGGGUGUGGGGGUGUUGGGUUUGCGAGCUGGCUGAGUGGGGGUAGCAGGACACGAAGGACCUCGGGAGGUGCCGGCGCCUGCAGCACCGGGGCUUGAGCUAACAGCUGGUGGAUGGUGGCGGCAUACGGCUGCUUCGAGGUGCGAGGAGUGGUGUUGUCCUUGGCAUGACUGGAGGACGGGGUCGGGGACGCCUGACAGCUCCGCCUGUGGUCGCGUUUGCUGGGGGCCGCACGGCGUGCAUGGGGCCAGCUUGUUCAGGACAGAGGCAGUGGUGCCGCGCUCCUGUCCACUGGGCCCCGCACGGACCUGGCGUCAGAAAGUUCUGCAGACGUGGCGGGCAGGCAGGCAGAGAAGGGUCCCAGAAGCCCAAAUGGACCGUGACAUUGGGGCGAAGGCAGGGAGGGGCAACCAUCUCAUCAACAAACACUGUUGGCGUGGGUUGCGAAUGCUUGUGCUGCCUGCCGUGCCACCUGACCUGGGGCUGGUAAGCUACAGCCCUCUGGGGGCGGCGCGCGUGUGUCGUCCCAGCAUGCUGAGGAAAUGUACGGCACGUGGGGUGGUGGCGUUGGGCGGGCGGGGAGGCGCGCGCGUGCACAGAGCACGCUGAGCGCGGGUCAUUCAUGAUUGUGUGGAACAAUGUGAACGUGAGCGAGGGGGAGCUUGCGGCGCGUGGCACGGCUUGUGCGUUUGAAGUGCUGCGUAUGCUUGUACGGCAUUGCGGUACUUUGUUGGCGAGGUCCGAGGGAGCAGGAGGGGGGGCUGGGGUGGCGCCCAAGCUGCCUGGUGCGACUGACGGCAGCGGCGGUGCAAGGGCGGGCCGGCACACGUUGGUGCGAUGAACGGUGCGGCUGUGCCGGCAUGCGAUGACAUGUAAUUCUUAAAUCUC